CUUAUCAUUAACAUUGGAACAUUUAGUUUAAACAUAUUUAACAUUUUUUUUUUCUUGGUAAAACAUAUUUACUUUUUGUUUUUAACUACUAUAAAAAGAGACGAAUAUGUAGCUAGCGAAUACGCAAAAUACGUUCUACAUAUGAGCAGUAUUGGUUUAAAUCUUUAAAAAAAUUUAGUUGCGGUAAUUUAUUAUAACAAUGCCUGUACGUUUAAAUUUAAAAAAAUGGAUCGUCGGAUUUGGUGCAAUAGGUGGUGCAAUGAUUUUUUAUCCAAAUGACAACGAUUAUACUCAAUCGUCAGAAAAACAACAUUCUUGGAUAAUACCUCCUUCGUCUUGGAGCAAAUGGGACCAUAAUUGGGAUAGACGACAUCCAGAAUGGUUAGCAAAUAUAGCUAAAUUGGAUAAUGAAACUGAUAAAGAAUCACGUAAAAAAAGAUCAACUAAGAAACAAUCAUGUGUGAAACAUCAUAUAAUUUUAAUCCGUCAUGGGCAAUAUAAUACAAAUGGCAAAACAGACUCGGAUCGAACACUUACAACUCUUGGUAAACAACAGGCAGAAGCAACAGGAAAAAGAUUGCAGGAAUUAGGAUUGCCAUACUCCUUGAUUGUACAGUCAACAAUAGUUAGAGCUAAAGAAACUGCUAAAAUUAUAGAAAAAUAUCUUAAAGAUAUAACAGUUAAAGAAGAUUCUGUUCUUAGUGAAGGUAUGCCAAUUGCACCUGAUCCACCAAUUAAUAUCUGGAAUUCUGAAGUAGUUGUUUAUGAAGAUGGACCUAGAAUAGAAGCUGCCUUUAGAAAAUAUUUUCAUCGUCCUGAACCAAGUCAAGAAAAAGAUUCAUAUAUUAUUCUUGUUUGCCAUGCAAACGUUAUUAGAUAUUUUGUUUGCCGAGCAUUGCAGUUUCCACCUGAAGGUUGGUUACGGUUAAAUUUAAAUCAUGGAAGUAUUACAUGGAUAUCUAUUCGUUCUAAUGGGAGAGUAACACUAAGGAAUUUAGGUGAUAGCGGACAUAUGAAACCACAACUUAUCUCAUAUUAUUAAAACUGAAUGCACAACUUAAUUCUUUAUUCAAUAAAUUUUAUUUCAAUAAAAUUUAAAUUAUGUAAUUUACAAUAAGUAAAAGAAAAAUAUUUUUAUUUAUUCGUAGUUAUUAAUAUUAUAAUUUCAUCAUAAAAAAUUUCAAGGAGCAUUUAUUAAAUAUCAAAAAUUAUAUAUGAAAUUUGAAAUACUUUGAAAAUUAUGAAUUAUGUAAUGCUAUAUUGUAAUUAUAAUGAGUCAUGAUUUAUUUCUGCACAUAGAAAUUUAUAUUCUAUAAUAUUGAUGAGACAGACGUUUUUCUGGAAUAUACUGUAUUAUUAAUGCAAUUUCUAUACAAUUUUAUAUCACAAAUAAUAUAUUAAAAAAAAUUUUUUAUAUUCUA